AAGAUUCAAAAAGUACAAUGAAUUCUUUAUAUGAACGAGAACAAUACAACAGUGCAGCGAUAGCAGUCGGGUUGGAAAUGGAUAUGGAGGUGAAAUCUGAACCAGAAUCUGAAAAUGAGACCUGUGAUUCUACCACGAGUAUAACAUCAUCUGUCGAAGAAGUUCCCUUUACUCUCUCAUCACAUUCCCAAAGUGAAGAAGAACUUGAAGAACCUGAGGAUGAACCUCUGGUUGAAAUUAAUUCAAUAACAGUUCCUCAAGAAGUGGUGGAAGUUAAAUUACAGCCAACUCUGCUACUAUUUGUAAAUAAAGAUUUUACCAGCAGUAGCACUGUAAGGCCCACAGAAGUAUCAACAAAUUUGCCUAUUACACCCGUCAAGGAGCCAGUAGAAAAAUCCUCUUGUAAUGAAAAAGAAGAUGAAUUAGCCAAUAGAAAAGCCAUUACAAGAGCUCUUAGAAAUUUUAAACGAGAGAGUAAAUCCUCCAAAUCUAGUUCAUCUGAGAUUGAUAAUAACAAAAACUUAGGUAAAAGUCAAUUGGAGAACAACUUUGACCUUUGCCCUGAGGAAGAAGUUCCUUCUCCCAGUCAUUCCAGCAGUGAAACAGGUCAUGACAGAUCACUCUCUCCUUUUCCACCAAAUAAUAAAAAUAGGAAACACAAAGUAAUAAAUAGAAAAACGAGAAACAAAGCAAAAUUCAAACAAAAAAAGAGAAAAAAAGAAAGUGGUUGAAAAUAAGAAGUUAGUAAAAUCUCUGUCAAGUGCCUCAGAUAAUGAUUCAUUGUUAUCCUCCAUCAAUUAAAAGAGUUGAACAAGAUAAUUGUGACAUGGAUAAAGUACAUGGAGGAAAAAGAGAACACACAAUACAACAAAGAAAAUUUAUCUACUAAAGAAAAUAAACCAGAUUAUCAAAAUGAUUUCCCAUUAGAAGCUGAUAAAUUAGUCUCAAAAUCAAAUAAAAGUACGGCAAAAAAAGAUAACAAGCAUGAAAAAAUGGUAAAACCCGAGUCUUACGAUUGCACCGUCUGCAAUAAAAAAUUCAGGCUAAAGAGUCACCUAGCUACACACUCCAGAGCACACGUAAAUAUCCGAAAAUUCAAAUGUAACGAGUGUGGAAAUUUAUACAAAACCAAAGCAAACUUAUAUUUUCAUAUGAAGACUCAUGAGGAAGCCCCAUUUUUUUGUGAGAAAUGUAACAAAACGUUUCCAGAAAGA